AUGGCAAAAUGCUUUUUGGACGAGGAUUAUAUGUGCGAAACGUAUAGAUACAGAGGAGAAACGGAAAUAUGGGAAUUUCAGUUCAUCAAAUGUUUCGAAAAGAAAAACUACGGUUUUAUAUGUAGUAGCGGUGUUCAAGUGGCGAGUGCGAAUAUUUCUUGGUAUGAAGCCUAUCAACGUUGUAUAGAUAACGGUAGUGAAUUAUCACGUGACAUAGACGAUUUACCCAAAAAGGAAACGAAUGCAUCAUUGUGGGUGUCUCUUCUGCGAAGACCUAGUUUGAUUUGGGGCAAAGAGAUUAUGACAGCUUCUUUGGGAUCUGUACUAGGCGGUGUCUUGGUUUGUAUUGUUGUAGUUGCAGCCAUCAAGCAUAAACGGUACAUAUAUGAUGAAAUCAUAGACACCUUACCAUUGAUAAAUUAUUUACCUACCUGGUGUUUAACUGAUGGUGGUAAUUGCAGUUACAACGAUCCUAACAUUGCGGAGCCAAAAACAAGAAAAUCGUCUUCUUCUAAUUUCUCCGUGUUUGCUGUUGAAACAAAGAAAACACUUGUUUCUGUUAUGCAAAAUACACAGAUACAACCCGACAAGUAUGCGCUCAGUCGACAAAAAACUUCAUAUUGUAACUCGCUGCUGAUAUUUUACGAUAUCUGUAUGCAGACAACCUGA